GGUCAAUCCUUGGUCUAAGAUCUAGAUCAAGAGAUAUGGUUGGAAGCACAUUCGCGAAAAUACUCGACAAACAUUGCCUAGAGGGGCACAAUUUCCCAUCAUGGUAUCGUAAUGUCAAGAUUCUCCUAACAUUGGAGAAGAUUAUUUACGUACUUGAUAAGCCUCUUCCUGACAUACCUCUUGGCCCUGAGGCCACAGAGGAUGAACGUGCUAAGUAUGACAAGCACGUUGAGGAUGAUAUACAAGCCAAGUGCUAUCUGUUGGCUUCCAUGAAUGAGGAGCUACAGAGACAGCACGAGGGCAUGGACAGUGCAUUUUCCAUAAUACUCCAUCUUACGGAGUUAUAUGGUGAAGGGACGCGCAACCGUCGCUUUAACACUGUUUGUGAACUUGUGAAGACCAAGAUGGUCAAAGGGGCUCCAGUGCAUCAACAUGUACUGAAGAUGAUAGGAUUCAUAGAACAACUGGAGAACCUAGGUACUCCACUUGACGGGGAAUUGGCCCAGGACUUUAUAUUGGCUUCUUUUCCUGAUUCAUUUUCGCAGUUCGUAAUGAACUACAACAUGAAUAAGAUGGAUCAUACUCUCUCUGAGUUACUAAACAUGUUAGUAACUGCUGAGAAAACUAUGAUGAAAGAGAACGUUGUAGGGACUUCUGCAGCAAAGGAAAGGAGAAGAAGUCACCCACUCUUAAGCCGAAAGAGGGAGUGA